CGGCGGGCGAGCCCGCUCCGAAACGGGCCGCCGCUGGACGAGGAAAACGCUGCUCCAGGAUGUGCCGCGGGCGGUGGCCGUCUGCACGGACGGUCGCCUUUCGGUGACGUCGAUCAACGAGCCCGCGGGGGGUGUGCACCACUGACAGCGGUAUAUAUUGCACUCGAGGACGGACCGCUCUUCAGUUUUGGACUGGCUUCCGACUCCCAACACCAUCAACAUGAAGCCACUCCAGUUGGUAUCGGCCCUGGUGGUCCUGAUCUGCCUCGUCUCGUUGGUCUCAGCUGGUCUGAGGCUGCGCCGGUCGCGCGAGGAGGAUGGCCAGGAGCUGGCCUACGCACACCAACUGGAGAGCCAGGUGCCCUAUUUCAUCAGACGCCAGGAGCGCUCUGCUGAGGGCUACGUAAUCGACAACAGUGGCGAUGACGACAGCGACGUCCAAGCCGAAGAUAGCGGAGACGCCGGAGCCGAGGAGUCGGGCGGAGACGCCGGCUCCGAAGGCAGCGAAGGCUCCGACGGAGGCAACAACGGAGAAGAGGAGGACUCCGGUGACGACUCUGGCGAAGACUCUGGAUCUGAUGGCGACGACAGUGCGUCUGACGGCGAGGAAUCCGAAUCGGACGGAGAGGACUCCGAGUCUGACGGAGACGACGAAUCCGAUGAGGACGACUCCGAAUCUGAUGGCGAGGACUCCGACGGAGACGACGAAUCCGAUGAGGAUGACUCUGAAUCUGAUGGUGAGGACUCUGAGUCUGACGGAGAGGAGGACUCCGAUGAGGAUGACUCCGAAUCUGAUGGCGAGGACUCCGAGUCUGACGGAGACGACGAAUCCGAUGAGGAUGACUCUGAAUCUGAUGGUGAGGACUCUGAGUCUGACGGAGAGGAGGACUCCGAUGAGGAUGACUCCGAAUCUGAUGGCGAGGACUCCGAGUCUGACGGAGACGACGAAUCCGAUGAGGAUGACUCCGAAUCUGAUGGCGAGGACUCCGACUCUGACGGAGACGACGAAUCCGAUGAGGAUGACUCCGAAUCUGAUGGCGAGGACUCUGAGUCUGACGGAGAGGACGACUCCGAUGACGAUGACUCCGAAUCUGAUGGCGAGGACUCCGAGUCUGACGAGGACGAUUCUGAAUCUGAUGGUGAGGACUCCGAGUCUGACGACGACGAUUCCGAAUCUGAUGGUGAAGACUCCGAAUCCGACGGCGAGGACUCCGAAUCUGAUGACGAUGACUCUGAGUCCGACGACUCCGACUCCGAUGAUGACGACUCCGAGUCUGACGGCGACGAUUCUGAGUCUGAUGACGACUCCGAGUCUGAUGACGAUGAUUCUGAGUCUGACGACUCCGACUCCGAUGACUCCGAGUCUGAUGACGACGACUCUGAGUCCGACGACUCCGACUCCGAUGAGGAUGACUCCGAGUCCGAAGAUGACGAUUCUGAGUCUGACGACUCCGAAGACGAUGACUCCGAGUCCGAAGACGAUGAUUCUGAGUCUGACGACUCCGACGACUCCGAAUCCGAAGACGAUGAUUCUGAGUCUGACGACUCCGACUCCGAUGAGGAUGAUUCUGAGUCCGAGGACGAUGAUUCUGAGUCUGACGACUCCGAUUCCGACUCCGACGACUCCGAGUCCGAAGACGAUGAUUCCGAGUCUGACGACUCCGACUCUGAAUCUGACGACGACGAGGGCGAGGAAUCCGAUGACGGUGGCGAGAACCAGCGCAAGAAGAAGAAGAAGGUAGCGUCGAAGGAGGAGGGCUCCGCCGGUGACGAUGGUGGCGACGCCGCCGAGGAAGAAGAGGAAGAAGAGGAAGAGGAGGAGGAAGAGGAGGAGGAUGACUCCGAUGAUGACUCCGACUCUGAUGACUCCGACUCCGACUCGGGUGACUCCGACUCCGACUCGGAUGACUCCGACUCCGAAGACGACAGCGACUCCGGAGAGGAAGGCUCGGGCAAGUCUGGAAACAACAGCGAAUCGGAUGACGACUCGGAUUCGGAUGACGACUCGGAUGAUGACUCCGAUGACGACAGCGAUGACGACUCCGAUGACGACAGCGAUGACGACAGCGACUCGGAUGAUGACUCCGAUGACGAUAGCGAGUCGAAUGAUGACUCCGAUUCGGAUGACGACAGCGAGUCGGACGACAGCGAGUCGGAUGACGACUCCGAUGAUGACAGUGAGUCGGAUGACUCCGAUUCGGAUGACGACAGCGACUCUGAUGACGACAGCGAGUCGGAUGACGACUCCGACUCCGACUCCGACUCCGAUGAUGACAGUGAGUCGAAUGAAGACAGCGACUCCGAGGACGACAGUGAGUCUGAUGACGACAGUGACUCCGAUGACGACAGCGACUCCGAUGACGACUCCGAUGACGACAGUGACUCGGAUGAUGACUCCGAUGACGACAGCGACUCGGAUGACGACUCCGAUGACGACAGUGACUCGGAUGAUGACGACAGCGACUCCGAUGACGACUCCGAUGACGACUCCGAUGACGACAGUGACUCGGAUGACGACUCCGAUGACGACAGCGACUCGGAUGACUCCGAUGACGACAGCGACUCGGAUGACGACUCUGAUGACGACAGCGACUCGGAUGAUGACUCCGAAGACGACAGCGACUCGGAUGAUGACUCCGAUGACGACAGCGACUCCGACAGUGACGACGAUGAUGAGGAGGAAGGUGAAGAUAACGGCGAUGCCGAGAACAACGGCGAUGCCGGCAGCAACGGCGAUGCCGGGACCGACGGCGAACCCGGUUACAACUACGCUGAGGCCAGCGGCGGAGAAGAGGCCAAGGCCGAGUCCAGCGGACAGGGCGAGGCGGCCAAGGCCGAGGAGCCUGAGGUCGUGCUGGUAGUAGAGGAGGUGGCCGUGCCGGAGCCCGAGGUGGUGGUGCCGGUAGUCGAGGAGGCCCAGUUCUACGAGCCGGUCGCGCCGCGCCCCAAGCCGUUCUUCCCGGCCGGCUACAACCAGUUCGUGCCGCCGUUCGCCGGCGCUCCCAACACGCUGGUGAUCACCCCUCCCGCAGCGGGCGUGCAGCAGCAGCAGCAGCAUCAGCAGACCGCCUACCGGAAGCGCCGCGGAGCCUACUAGACAGUCCAAAACCAGUUCAACACCGGGCGGAGACGCCGAUAGGCUGCUGACGCGCGUGGGCGCACAUCGAGGGCCUGAGCGGUCACAUUCGGCGAAGGCGGCCACACGCAAUCCGCCAACGCCUGGCGAAACCGGCAGGCUCUUGAACACUGAUAUUCUGUGAACUCCUGGUGAUGGCUGUGUCCACGCUAUCCCGUGCUCUCCUAUUUUCGUCACGUGUGAGUUUGUUUUCCAAAGAACCGCUGCUGUGUGUUAUAACGCAGCUGCGAUGAUGCUAUAACCUGCUGCUAGAUGCGGACACUUCUCUAGCUCGUCUUCCACAGCGACCGAAAUCCAGCGUCGCUCACUGAGCUCGCACCGCAAACCUUCUCACCCUCUGUCUUAUUCCAUCACCCUUUCCACUUUUCUUCCCAUUCCUAUGUGUGUGCUGUCGUUAUUGAAAGUUGUGCGUGUCUGUCCCUUGUUAACUGUGUGUGUUCUCCUUUGUCCCGUGAUAACUUCGUCCUUCGUUCUACGUUUCUUGUGUGCAUGCCUCCCCUACGGAGGUGUCCCUCGUGAUAUGCAUGUUCGUGGCGUCCCCUGUUCGGUUCUGUGCCCUUAUGUUCGUCCACGUUGUGUAGUUUGUAGGUGAUUGGGCGAUAUGUCCUGCAAUAUACAUAUAUUUCUUCGU